AUGACCUCUAGCCCUAGGCUUAGCUCCAAGCGCAUCAAACUCGAGUCGUCUCCUUCAACUCCGCGAUUAUCAAACGAUGCUUCGACUUUGAAUGACGAAGACCUCGGUGAUGAUCACUGUGUCAUUUGUCUGCAACCUUUAGUAGACCGAACUGUCAUCCCUACCUGCUCCCAUGAGUUUUGCUUUGAGUGCAUCUCGAUUUGGGCAGAGCAAUCGCGAAAGUGUCCCCUGUGCUCUCAAUUGAUUGGUGAAUAUAUUAUCCAUCAUAUCCGCUCACAGUUCGACUAUCAAAAGCACUAUUUGCCACCACCACGUUCCUCGUCACCCCAGCUCCUCCCCGACAGUGAUCGUCAUGAUGCUGAUGAACUCGAACGAGCGAUCGCCAAAAGACGUUGGAUAUACCAGAAUCAUCUUUAUGCCAAGCAUGUCGCGUCGAACUCUUUCACCCGAUACCGUCCUUACCCCAGCCCAGCCCAGUUCGCAGCAUCUCUAGACAUGAUGAGUCGGGCCACCAUCUUUCUACGUCGUGAACUGCGUGUCUGGCCGAAUCUUGAUGUCGAGUUUCUCACAACGUUCAUAAUUUCUCUCAUGAAAUCGAUAGACAUACGAGCUGAAUCCUCUAUCAAACUUCUCGCCGAGUUCCUAGACCUUGAUACUUCCUACAUCGAGGGUCAGAGGCAUCCAAACGCUGAACAUUUUGCACAUGAAAUUUACUGUUAUAUACGGAGUGGCCGUGACCUAUCAAUUUAUGACACUCUAGUUCAGAUCCUCCUCCCCUUGAGCAGGAAAGAGAUAACCGGUGGUGUUACGAGCCCCGUUCUCGAUCCCGGUCUCCUCAUCACCGUCAUCACCGGUCCCAAACUCGAUCUCGAUCUCCGUUAUCUCGACCUUCUUCCUCAACCCUGCGUCCCGAGCACAGAAGAUCUCCUUCCGCGGUCUACCGUCCGGAGAACUCUUCAGAUCAUCUCUCCUCAAAUCGCAGACAUCGCCGACGAAAAUCUCCUUGACGACGCGCAGGAGCAGCUGAUGAACAAAUCUGCAAAGGUGAAAGGAAAAGAGCCGGAACGUAAUCACACACCUCUGCGGGGCGGGAGUGAGCAUUACUCGAGUAGCACGCCGCCACGCACAUCCGUUGAAUUCGUACCGAACGCUGUUGUCGAACCCCAACAGAUAGCGGAAUCAUAUACCUCCGGAAAUAAGAAGCUCAGUACACCUCCUGUAGAGUCCGGUCCUAAACACACCCUUGUUGCCCCCGCAUCCAAGGCGCCAGUUCAUGUUCCAGUGGACAUCAAAAUGAUUGACGUCAAUCCAGAGCCUGCAGCUUCUACAUCACGUAAGCGCCCAAGCACGCUCGGUCGUCCCCCUCGAAACCGUACGUUGCUAGCAUCAGUCCAGGCCCACCUCUCCCAACCCACAACAUCGCGAUCAAAGCAUCACGCAAACACAAAUGCGCGGAAAAACGAGGCCACCCCUCAAUAUUUGCCCCAUCCAUCACGACCAGCCCGAGAUACCCGUGAUGGUGGUGGUGGUGAUACACCUGCCCUUCUUUCGCGAUUGCCUAGCCCCCCCUCCAACGCGCCGCCCGCUUCUUUAUCUUCACAUUCUUCUCUCGGGCGGCGCUCAGAUGCAUCCACGCCUCUCGGGGGAGAAAAUACACCGGCGGUAGGAAACCAAGGUCUUGAAAGAGUCCGAAGCUUGUCUGCCGAUCCCAUCACUAAAGGUACCGAUGAAGAGAAUUUGUUUGCAGGAGGGAAAGUUGUGGUUCGUCCGUGCAGUACGCCAAACGAAGGCACAAAUAAAAACAGAACCAAAGAAGAACAGCAACAUACUAUUACCAAUGCAACUUCGCCGUCUUCUAUCAUCGCUGGCGUGUAUCAUGCCUCUCUAUCACGACGAGCGCCAAACCCAAACCCUAUUUCAUCGCCGCACAACUCUAAUCAUGUUGAUUUCCUUUGGGAUGUGGCGGAGCAUAGCCGGCGUGGCAAUCAAGAAGUCGCGACAUGUACAUAUGCGAACAAAAUAACCGCACCUUCGGUACAUACUUCCACGGAUAUGCGGGUAGUGCUCUUGCAGAGACUUGAAGAGGAGCAACAACUCGCUCAGAGAGACGCGUCGACCUCCACCUCACACUCUACGUCGCCCCCAACGACGAGUCCCCUUGGUGAAGAAACUUCUGCGCUAGAGACGAGGCUGCGAACACGGGCUCUACUGCGCGUUCGUCUCGCGGCGAUCAAAAACGCUUCAAAUACAACUCUGGUUGAAACAUAA